UAAACUUCUUACUUGAAAUUAUCAGCCAUAAGUUGACGUCAUUGUCAGUCUGUUUUAUUAGUUAUUUGUCAAUCUAUGUAAUGUAAUCAAAGCAAAUUUUACUGUUAAUUUUAGCUUAAUAAAACCUUAUAUUCAAAGAUUUUCUCUUAUUACAAACAUACUUAAAACAUACUAUUCUUUAUAAAUACUAUUGUUUAAUUUUAUGUUUAAUGAUAUUUCAAUGUUUUUACGUUAUUGCAAGUGCCAUGAUCAUAUAUAGACUGAUAGCGGCGGGUAGAAUGGAACAGACCACUUGGGACAGAUGUCCAUAUUUUUUAUGAACACUUCGUGAACUCAAUUAUUUCAUACGGAACUUUAUUUACCUUUAUUUUUAAAAUUAAAAACAAAAACCUUUCCACACCGUAUGUGUAUAUCGUCGGGCUCAGUCAUUGAAUCUAGUGGCAGUACCCAAAAUGACUAAAAAGGGUAUAGACAUAGUAUGGGCUAUGUUUCUUUUGCUUCGACAGUGAUAGUAGCAAACAAAAAAUUAUAUGUCAAAAUGUCAAACUGGCAGAUUCCAACGGCCAAAUAACUUCACCUCUAAACGAAAGAAAAAUAAAAAUAAAAACCUACAAUUAGAAGUCCAAGGCAUUAAGACAUAGCAUAAAGUGGAAGAGCAGAGAACAUCGGCUAAUAUAUUGAAAACAGUAAAUUUAAGCUGUUACCAUGGCCGAAGUUGAAGAAAAGGUGAUAAUGACACCUAAAUGUAAAACGGCCAAUUCCACAACAUUGGUAGUUGAAAGGAAAGCUGUAGAACCAGAAGCAAGUGACAAAAUACAUAUAGCUGGUGGUGAUCACACUGGUAUUAUUAUCAACAAGCAAGAAACUUAUGAAAAUGGCGUUUCCGAGCCUUGUCAUGCACAAUUGGAAUUCUAUGUUUAUUUGGUAUCGGGAGCUACUGGAACCCACACACGUGAAGCACGUGCUCUAAGGUUCUGGUUUAAACCUCAGAUGACUCCAAACGAAAGGCCUUAUGAAGCCCAGGCCUUUUUCAGAGAACUUGUCAGUCCUCAAGAUUUUCCUAAAGAUUAUGUAGGAUACAUAAAAAAAAUAAUGAAAUUAAUGCAACACAAAUAUCAACAACUGAAAAUGCUUGAAGUAGAAUUAAGACAAGAAGGAUAUGCAUCACCACCACCAGCAUACAUCGAUGACAGUAUAAUAAAUCAAACACCACUAAUAUCAGAACAAAGAGUGCUGGAUAUGAUAGAAAACGCAUAUCCCAACCCCUUAUCUGUGGAUGAUUUUGUCUCUGCCGCCAAAUGGUCGAAAGCAGACGUGAAGGAUGCAUUGGAAUCUUUAGAAGAAAAAGGCCUCACUCGUGCUAUGUCCGAAGGUGUUUAUGUUCGUCAACAUAGCGUAGAUACACAGGUAGUAAAACAGAUGCCAACGUUGAGUUCGUCACGUCAACCCAGUAUUGCAGUCAUAACAGCGUUGUAUUGUGAAAAACAAGCCGUUGAUGCAAUGAUGGACAAUCAAGAAACCUACGUACGUUAUACCACUGUUGGAGAAUCGAAUGUUUAUACAUUGGGAACAAUCGGUGCUCAUCGAGUUGUCACUACUAAACUACCUUCCGUGGGCCGUACCAGAGAAGCAAUGACUGCAGCCGGCAAUACCACUACAAGACUUCUUGGAAUCUUUCAAAAGGUCGAAUACGUUUUCCUAGUCGGCGUGGGCGGAGGAGUACCUCACUAUACGGAUUAUUCGAAACAUGUGCGUCUAGGUGACGUGGUUGUUUCCACGCCGGCGCCAGACUUGCCAGACAAAUACGUAUACGUUUUCUGUGAAAAAGCCGAGAAGAACGCCAAAGGGGGUUGGGAUUUCGAAGUGAAGCCAUACAAGCCAGUUAAUUUCUUAUUGCAAGAUAUCGCUGUGCGUCUCACCAAGUCAAAGGCCUCAUGGGAUUUGUACGUCAAAGAAGGACUCGAUCGUCUCAGAGGAGUCCCGGGACGAUGGGAGCCCCCGGAGAGCAACACCGACAGGUUGUGCGUCGAAGUCGGCAAUGGAGCUUACAUUGAAGUAUCACAUCCAGCGCCACAAGGAGAUCAAACUGACACGCGGGACGGGUUGCGCGUGACGUGCGCGCCCGUGGCGGGCGGGCGCGUGGUAUCGGCGGCGGGCGAGGGGCGGGCCGCCUUCGCCGCCCACACGCGCGCGCUCGCCUACGACUGCGAGCUCGACGCCGUGCUCGACAGCGUCGUCGGCAACUGCAAGGACUGCUUCAUAUCGCUGCGAGGUAUAUCGGACUAUCGCGACGGCACCCGUGGGAAGGACUGGCAGCCCCACGCUGCACUAUGCGCUGCUGCAGUCAUGAAAGCCAUAAUCUGCGCAAUAGACCCACCUCCUUCUGAAUAAUUUUCUUAUCAAACGACUAGAAAUCACAAAAUGAAUUACCACACAAUAUCUUACGCUAUAUUCUAAAUAACGUGUUCAAAGUUAUUCUCAAGAUAUAGAUGAAAGAAAUCUUAAACUUAUUUAAAAUUAACUCGUUAUUAAAUACAUACCUUCAACAAUUAUUUAUUUACAAUUUUCAGUCUUAUGUUAAAUAUUUUAGAACACAGAUAACAAAAAAAUGUGCUUGAUACAGAUUUACUAAAGCCACCUCUAUAACAACAAAUGUUUCUUUGUAAAUUUGUUCUCUAGGCAUUUCUAAAUUGUUGAUGUGAUUUUAAGUGAAAUUGAAUAUAUAUUUUUUUUUUUAUUGCAUAUACGAGUGGACGAGCUCACAGCCCACCUGAUGUUAAGUGGUUACUGGAACCCAUAGACAUCUACAACGUAAAUGCGCCACCCACCUUGAGAUAUAAGUUCUAAGGUCUCAGUAUAGUUACAAUAUAUGAUAGGUAGUUCAGAGAUUUGUUAUAGUACCAUCAGGGUACAACAGGUGGCGCACGGGUAGUUUCAACAGAUGAUAGAUCACUGCCAAGGGAGUUUCAGUUGGGUUUAAUAAUUGAAGGUUCUUAAUUACAAUUGUAUUGUGUGGUCAAUAUAUUUACGUGAAUGCUUUAUAGCACAGCACACUAUAGCACUGAAACUUGACAUUGAUAUGAUAAGUUGAUAAAAAUAAUUAAUUUAAAACAUAUAUGGAAGUACAAGUAUGGAGAAACUAUAGUUGCCUUGGAUGUCUGCCAUAAGAUGAAUCACAUCAAGUGAUAAUAAUAAGCUAAAAUAUAUAUCCUGAUGUCAUAGAUAAAAUAUAUUUACUAGAUGUACAUGUUUACUAUAAUAUUUACAUGCAGAUUAUAGGCAGACUUGUUGAGAUUUUUUUGUAAAAGAAACAGAGAAAAAUACUGGUGAUUUACCAACAGAUUGCUGUUCCAAUCCAUUCAACUAAUUUUACGCUCAAAAGUAAUGUCUUCCUGUUCUAAUUUCUUUAGAUCGGCAAAGAAAGUUCACGAUGAAAUUGAUAUUAUGUAACUUUUACAAAUUAAGAUUGCAAUGUCAUUCCAUUUAAUGAUAUUUAAACAAUAAUUUAUCAGCCCGAGCUUAGAAAGUAUCUUAGGUUAAUAAAUUUAGAACUAACCUAUUUAUAUUGUACUAACUGCCAUAGACGGCCUAUUUAUAAUAUGAAAUGUUUAAAAUCUGUUAUGAAAAAAACCAAAGUAUGGACUUUUGAUGUUUUAUUGAACAUCAAGUCUAGUCGCCUCUAUUGUGAAACAUUGUUAAAAUAUUUAUUACAACCUACUUGGUGGAACAUUGUAUUUUUAAAAUUAAUAUGUUUAUAGAUUGUUGACAAAAAAAACUUCAUAUAAUAUCAAGUUAUUAUUGUACCUACCAACAUAUUAUAGACAAAUAUUAACCUAAAAGGAUGUAUGUAAAAUUGUUAUUUUAUUUAAUCAUUAGAAUAAUAAUAUAUUGCAUAAAUUUAAUACAGAAAAUUUAAUUUUUUAAAUUUUCUUUGCCACUAACUUUAAUUUCUAGUAUUGUUUAUUUAGUGUUUACUGUAUUUGCGCACAAAUAAAGUUUACAUAUUAAUCAAGUA